AUGAACAUGGCUACAAUCGUGAAGCUUCAUGUUUUUCCAGAGUGUAAUUUGAACCAGCACAAGCUUAGAAAAGGAUUUGGAAGUAAUUCUUCAUCUGGGGUGUUUGGUUUUGGUCAUAAUUUUGAUGGGUUAUCUUUGAAAAAGUGUAGGGCUUUCAAGAGUGAAGAUGGUGGUGAUAAAAAGUUUAGAAAUUUGAAGAAAAAUGAAGUGAAACUUGAAAGGAAAAAUGGGUUUUGGAGUUCUUUUAAAAAUGUUUUGUUGGGGAAUUCCAUGAUGUUAGAUGAUGAGUAUCGUCAAGCUAUUAUUAGGGUUGAUGAGGUUCUAUCUAAGAUUGCUAUUCAAAUUGGAAGAUAUAUUGUGACCAUGAUGAGCACCGGUGUCAUCCUUGCGAUUGGAUUUCAGACGUCAGGUGGAGAUAGUCAGAUGGAUGCAGUGAUAUGGUAUAGUUGGCUUGGAGGAGUUAUCAUUGGGACAAUGAUAGGUGCUAAUUGGGUGUUGGAUGAUUAUUACCGCGAAGGUCCGCGAAAUGUUGUCAUAACUGGAAGUACAAGGGGAUUAGGUAAAGCCUUGGCACGGGAGUUUCUUCUUUCGGGAGAUCGAGUAAUAGUUACAUCUCGAAGCCCCGAGUCGGUGCAAGCGACUGUCAAAGAGCUUGAGGAAAAUCUAAAGGAAGGCAUUGCCAAUGCAGUUGGCUCAUCUUUGACAAAGCUUUCUCAAGCAAAAGUAGUAGGCAUUGCUUGUGAUGUUUGCGAGACUAAUGAUGUUCAAAGAUUGGCAAACUUUGCAGUUAGUGAGUUCGGUUAUAUUGACAUUUGGAUAAACAAUGCUGGAACCAAUAAAGGUUUUAGACCUUUGCUUCAAUUUAGUGAUGAAGAUAUUAAACAGAUUGUCUCAACAAAUUUGAUCGGUUCUAUCCUUUGUACCCGAGAAGCCAUGCGUAUUAUGAGAAACCAAGCCAAGCCAGGCCACAUAUUUAAUAUGGACGGUGCAGGUUCCGGAGGUUCUAGCACUCCUCUUACAGCUGUCUAUGGUUCUACCAAGUGUGGCCUAAGGCAAUUUCAUGGAUCACUAUUGAAAGAGUGCAAGCGAUCGAAAGUGGGUGUCCAUACAGCAUCUCCAGGCAUGGUUCUCACAGAACUUCUUUUAAGUGGCUCGACUGUUCAAAACAAACAAAUGUUUAACAUUAUAUGUGAGCUUCCUGAAACUGUUGCUAGAACGCUAGUUCCAAGGAUGCGAGUUGUUAAGGGAACAGGCAAGGCCAUCAGUUACUUGACUCCUCCAAGAAUCUUAAUUGCCUUGGUCACUGCUUGGUUACGGCGAGGCCGCUGGUUUGAUGAUGAGGGAAGAGCAUUGUACUCAGCCGAAGCAGACCGACUUAGAAACUGGGCCGAAAAUCGCGCACGGUUCUCCUUCACCGACGCAAUGGAAAUGUACACAGAAAACACUUGGUUAUCAGUCUUCUCACUUUCAGUUGUUUGUGCUUUCAUAAUUCUUUCUAGCACUGCCAGCAAUUUGCCUGGAACAUAA